GAGAGUCUGAUGCAUCCAGAUAGGAUCACAAAUUCUUACCAAAAAAGUUACACAAGAAACCAUAAGAAGAACUUUAGACUCCUUUUUCGUAAAUAAAUUUAAGCUGCAGGUAAUUCAUUUCCCUUUUUGAUUGCUGGCAAUCUUAUUAUCAAUGUGGAAACAAAACAGAAAACAGCAACAGACAAAAAAAGGUGCAAUGUAGACACAUGGAGGUGAGUGAUACGAGGGAUCACCCCUUUGCCCUUCACUCCUCUGUCACAGCCCACCAACAGUUCAGAACAGCAUGCAACGUCCUCUCAGGACAAAUUGGCAGGGCACGUUUCUAGGUACGUUGUGACACUGGAUGAGGGAGAAGAGAGUACAAGGGAGCUUCAGGAGAGUAUCUAUAAUUAGAGUGGGCAGGGCUUACACCAGAAGAACAGCUCUGUGACCUCCUCCAGAGCCCAACUGAAGAUGCCAUGCUGAGCAACUACAGAGAUACUACACACAUGUAUUACAAAUGCCAAACCAUAAUGUAAAAUUAUUAAAAGGAGAGCCAGCCACUAAACACUCCUCUUUACUCAAUAAGACUCCCUGAUGCACAGGUGAACGCAUAACAAUGUCCUCUCAGUGGCAUUAUUGCUUCUUACAUAAGAAAUGCAUAUCAUAGGUAAUCAUGUCAGGAACAGAUAAUGGGAACGUCACAAUUCUGCUUCUAGGAAAGGACAAAUUAUAUGCAAUGAUGUGAAAGAUCUUCAGGUAGACAUGCCUUAAGAAAAAAAAAAGUGAUUUAAACUAUGCUACUGAGUGACAGUAAGACUAACACUACAAAUCUACUUAGAUCACUGCAUGUCCCAUACGUCCAUAUUAUACAAUAUGUAUAUUUGUCUAUACCUGCCCUCUGUACAUAGUCUCCAAAAACCUAAACAGACACAAACCACCCAAAAAUAAGUUUCUCCUGUCUAUUUAAGGCUGUAUUUCUUUUGUUAGAUCAAAUUUGGGAUGUUUUCCUUUCUUAGUAGUUAAGAUACCAGAAUACUGUUUAUCAUAUUUCCUCAGCCAUUCACCAGUUUUAAAUAAGCAUAAUUGGAUACAAGAUUGUGUAAUUAAAGCAAUCAUAAGUAGAUGCUCACAUAGGUCAUUACUACAAAAGCAGUAACUAGCAACCACAGGUCACACCCAGCUUGUAUAAACUCUAGCUUACGUACUGAAGAGUCCUAAGACUUUUGUUACUGAUGCUGGUGGAAGAGGAUUCAGAGUGUUCUGGCAUGCUUUUGAAUCUAUAACCUGAACUACACACAAGUGUGGAAAAGAAGAAAGAAACCUUAUGGCAGGUAAGUUAAAACCAGCCUGGUUGCUCCAGACAUCAUUUUUCCAAAAGAGAUGAGUGACACUUGCUGAGGAAACAGGAUAAAUUAUAUCUAGUUGUUCUCUUGGAAAUUUAGCCCUAUUUAAGUUAAAUGCAUUUACGGGUUAUUCUACGAGAACUGAUUUUCUUUUUUUUUUCUUUUUUUUUUUUUCUUCUUUUUUUAAAGUAUCAUGCUUCUUGAACAGUCUUUUUUCCUGUAACAGAAAGAGAGUAAGGAAAUAUUUUUCUAUCAUAUUAAUUAAUUAUUCUAUACAGUGCUUUUGCAGCCACCUAAUCAACACUGUUGGCUCGUGAUUUGGGCAUCAAACUGCCACACAGAAGUCCCAGGUUCUAAUUUCUCCCUAAUAUCAAACUGAUGUCUGGCCUCAGACAGGUCACUUUAUGGCCUCUGGGCACCUGUGUUUGCUCCCUACAGAGUGGCUAUGUUAGCCUGCAUGCUGCUUUGUCAAAGUGCAGUCCCAGUGUCUACGUGUUAUAUUGUACUUGCUCUCACUCUCCUGCUGGCUGGAAAGAUCUCUAGUUUGAAAGAGGUGUCAUAUAAUAUACCUGCACAUAGAGAGUCUAUCUAAAAUUUAGCCUAAGAAUUUUCCUGUUAUAGCUUCAGUUUUCUGUCAGAGGCAAGAACCCUGUAUGCAUAACGCUCAGCAUUUUCAGCGGUGAUCACAGAUAAUGUAGGGUUUUGCUUAUGAGCAUGCUCCUAAUGUCUAUCCAUUACAGGAUAAACAUCCAAACAAGUUUUUAGAAGUUUGUCCAAUUGUACAUUGACAAGAUAACUGCAAAUAUGUUCUUCCAACACAGAGAUACUGAAAGCAGAAAAAGAAAUUGUAAGAUUCAAAUUGAUAUCGUGAAGAUGAAAACAAGGAGAAAUCUGAAGUACACAUUAACAAAAGACUGGUAUCAGGCUUUAUUGUGCUUUUGCCCCAGAUACAUAAAUUGGGUUUUGCUGAUCUCCCGCCCAUAUUCACUAGAAAUGCCUACAUAACUACAGGCUUCACAGAGCAAACCAAACUAUUGAUGCAGUAACUUCUCAGAGCUAACCAAUGCUAGCCACUGCUUUUUUUCUUUCCUACUUCUCCAGGUGUCCCCUUUUACUCUGUUGUACAUCUGGCUUCGCCUGUGACACUCCACUCUGGAAGGCUUAGCUCCUUAAAAGUCAGAGUCUCACUAGUAUCAAACCCGUGGCUCAGUUGCUAUUAAGCCCUAUAUGUGCUACAUUUUUAUUUGCAGACAUCCAAAAUGCUCUUAGUUAUUGCUGCACAAGUAACGACAUGCAUGCUCCCUGCCCUGAUAAGCCUGGACAUUUAACUUGCACAGUUCGGGAUACACAGUGGUCGGAUAUACAUGGGUAAAGUGCUGCAAGGCUAACUUCUUUUCAAACUCUGAACCCAAGUGUCCUUCAGAAACACAUUCUAAUUCACUCUUAAGUUAGAGGACUUGCUGUUAGGAAUGCUGUGUUGUGUAGGUCCUUUUCAGUAACACAUAUUUAAGUCAGGAAAACAAAGUGAUGGUGCAAGCGAGAAACUUUCUAGACAUGUUACAUUAUGAGACUCAAACAUCACGCUCCUACCAAUGGAAUUUAUUUUUCUCCAGGUGACAUAUCUGAAACAAGAUCCUUCACUUAACUGGAAACACUGAAACAUGUUUAUGCUCACAGACUACAGGAAAGCAACUUGCUCCAGACCCUUACUGCAGCCUUAGAACUGCAUGUGUACGUUCACAUUUCUUCCAAAGAGAUGAUAAAAGUACAGUUAUGACAUCAAGACUUCACAGAAUAUAAUUCUGUGCUGCAAACAGCAGAAAACUCAAACCCCACCCCCUCUAUUUCUAUAGUAGAACCACACAGACUCCCUCAGAAAUCAACCUCAUUCUAAGUGACUCAAGGUAGUGCUAUCCAAGACCUGUAUCAUAGUUCAGUGAAAUGAUGGAAGUGUUGCUUACAGCACUAUUAGUCUGCAAAGGGUUAACAUGCUCUAGUUGUGGUAGGAAAUCUUCAAGUGAAAUUCCUCUGGAACAUCAUACUGGGGAAGAGCACUUCUCAAACACGUGUCCACAGAGGGAUCUCUAUUUUUUUAGACUUUGUUUUGCUUUGUUGUUGUUGUUUAACUGAUAGAGGAAAAAGAAAUGUUGAAAGCUUUCAUAAGCUGUGCUUCAGUAUGCCAUUUUCAAUAGUAGGAACCUAUCAUAAUACAGCAGAGCAACCCAUAGCACCACCUCAAGAUAUACCACUCAAUCCCAUUGUUCAUCCUCUGCUGGUUAUCUUUUUCCAAGAGAGCAUGCAGUAACACCCAGCUUCAAGAAAAAGACUGUAAAUUAACUGAGAUACAAGAAAGGUGAGAAGAUAAUGGGCAAGUUUGACAAUGAAGAUACUAGCCUUCUAUCCAUCAUCUGUCAUACAGUGUUCCCAGGAUCAGGCAUGCACUUGCUCAUGAGAGUUUUAAUAGUUUUUUCUGUACACCUGUAAAGCAUUCUGGGAUCCCCACAGAAAGAGCGGGAACAUGGUGGAACAUAACAGUCUCUUCAAACUUUAAUCUAAAUACCAUAGGGGUUUUAUUUAUUUAUUUUUAAAAUGAAAGAUGAAUCAAAGAUUAAUUAUCUAAAUGGGUGUUCUUUCUGUCUCUGAAAGAUGCCUGAAGGUAAAAUAUUUUAGCUGCUCCUCCAAGUUGUUUAUUUUGCAAUUUUUAACAACAACGGAUUUCUCUGUUUUCCUAGAGCAUGUAACUCCAGCUAUACAUAAAUAUAAUAAAAUUACUACAAUAGACAAGCUGAAGAGAUGUACAAGUUUGAAGGAAGAGUGUUUUUAAUUGACUUGCCUUGUGUCUUUCUAGCCCUGAAAAUAGAAAAUGUCAAUUGGCACCCCAAACUGAAUAAAGCUGCACACCACACCUCUGAUUACAGCAGCACAGAAGCAAUCUUGAGGAGAGGACAGGCCUUCAACAUCACUCUAAACCUCCAAACAACAGUGCAGGCUUGGGACAACCUCAGCUUUAUUGCAAGCACAGGACCAUCUCCAACAGAAUCUCAGCAGACCAAGGUCGUAUUUAACCUUUCUGAGGAGAGUGCCAGUGGCUGGAGCGCCGUGCUGGAGCCCAGUGAGCCUGGCUGCAUGAACCUCGCAAUAUCCAGCCCAGCCAAUGCUGUCAUUGGACGAUACAAACUCAAACUCCAAAUUGUUUCGGGGAACAAGGUCUCUUCAACGCUCCUGGGCCAGUUUGUGCUACUUUUCAAUCCCUGGUGUCCAAAUGAUGAUGUCUUUAUGGCUAAUGCAAAGGAGCGACAGGAGUACGUCCUGAAUGACAGUGGAAUCAUAUUUCAGGGACUGGAAAAAUAUAUUCAACAAGAAGCUUGGAACUACGGACAGUUUGAAGAGGAUAUUCUUGAUAUCUCUCUGGCUAUACUGGAUCGAAGCCUGAACCACCGCCAAGAUCCAGCUCUUGAUGUAUCCAACCGAAACAAUCCUGUCUAUGUGAGCAGGGUUAUCAGUGCUAUGGUUAACAGCAAUGAUGAAAAAGGAGUAGUGGAAGGGAAGUGGAAUGGAAAGUACCGCUCAGGAACCAACCCCUUGCAGUGGAGUGGAAGCGUGACCAUCCUUCGAAAGUGGUACAGGGGGAGAUACAAACCAGUCCGGUAUGGCCAGUGCUGGGUCUUUGCAGGAGUCAUGUGCACAGUUCUGAGAUGCUUGGGAAUACCUACUCGUGUUAUUACAAACUUCAACUCUGCCCAUGACAGGAAUAUAAAUCUGAGUAUUGAUAAGUACAUUGACAUUUCUGGAAAGACUCUGCACUUCACUGAAGACAGUGUGUGGAAUUUCCAUGUCUGGAAUGAAAGCUGGUUCAUUAGAAGAGAUCUUGGCUCUUUUUAUGAUGGAUGGCAGGUUCUGGAUGCAACACCCCAGGAAACAAGUAAAGGCAUAUAUCAGUGUGGCCCUGCCUCCACCAAAGCCAUUAAGGAAGGGGAUGUGAACCUGGAUUAUGACAGCUCAUUUGUGUUUGCAGCAGUGAAUGCUGACUAUGUUACUUGGAUUCACUAUAGCAACAAAAGAAAAGAGAGAAUUUAUUCUGAUACUAGGAAGAUUGGAAAAUUUAUCAGCACCAAAGCAGUGGGCUCCAAUUCCCGUGUGGAUGUCACUGCUAAUUACAAAUAUCCAGAAGGAUCCUUGAAAGAAAGGCAGGUGUAUAAAAAAGCACUGAAGCUGCUUGGUGUGAGAAGCACUGGAAAAAAGGCCAAAAUGAGAAGAUCUAGAAGACGACCUUCAGUAGCACAGAGGCAAAAUACGACACAGCCUGCACAAAAACCCAGCAUCUCAGGGAAGGUGAUCCUUGAUGCAUCUCCUGUAAUUGGCCAGGAUAUCCUCCUCACCUUUGCACUCAGGAACUUGCUCUCCGAUUUCAAGACCAUAAAGGUUAAACUGAGGGCUUCAGCCAUUCUCUACACAAGAAAACCAAAAGCAGAGAUUUUGCACUUGUCUAGGUCUAUUAAACUUGGAUCCAAAGAAGUGAAAGAGAUUCCAUUCAAGAUCUCCUAUUCCCAGUACAAAAACUCUCUGACGGAUGACAGGAAGAUCCUAGUGACUGCUGUCUGUGAAACCAAACAGGGAGCCUCACUUCUAGUAGAGCAGGAUAUUGUACUUCAGGAUCCUUUUCUCACCAUCAAGGUCCUUGGUCCAACAGUAGUACACAAGGCUGUUGAUGUGCAGGUUACAUUCACCAACCCACUGUCUGAAGUGGUGACAGACUGUGUGCUGAGAGCAGAGGGUAGUGGCCUGAUCAAAGAGCAACUCAGAAUCAACGUGGCAAGAAUGGCCCCCAUGGAGAGCUCAACAGUUCAAUUUGAAAUCAUUCCCUACAAAAGUGGCACCAGGCAGCUUCAGGUGGACUUGGUUUGCAUCCAUUUUUCAGAUAUUAAGGGAUUUGUGAUGCUUGAUGUGGCUCCUGUGCAAUGAUAUAACCUGUACAUCCAUUCAGUUUUGUCUCUGUUUAUGAGGUUGGUGCAGUGUUCGUACAUUAUUAUGACUGGGACCACAGAAUGCAGACUACUCAGCCAAAGUAAAGUGAUGUAAUAUGAAUAGAAAUUAAUAAAAAGGUACUAUAUACUAUACUGUAAAGACAGCGUCAUCUUCUUCAUUCCCUAACAUGGUUUAUGGACCUUCAUGAAUAGAAUUACUAGUGGAAAUGAUUAUAUAAUUUCACUUGAAGGAGAGGAUCAAGUGUGAUGGUUUUCCACAUCAGAGCCUGUAGCCAUGACAGCAGCUAAAUUUCCAAGGAACAUCAUUAAAAAACACUGGUUUCAUAAGCUUCAUUGAUUAUAAUUUAAUUAUAUUCACCAAAUUAAAGUUUUAUUCAGCAACAGCCAAGAUACUAUCCAAGUAGCUGACAUAAAUCAAUUCUAGAAUUAAAUUUAUGAUUUCAUCUAAUUAGUAGAAGAAAAAUACAGCAGUAGGAUAUGGCACCAUUACAACAGAACUCUCUUCUUAUGACUGGAAAAAUGAGAAGCUAUUCAAUAAACAAUACUCUUUAAUUCGCAGUUUCCCUAUUCAAAUAAUGACUUAAUCAUGUGAUAAAUUAUAAAUAAUGAAAUAUUUUCCAAGAAAUGACUGGCAGUAACAGGACAAAAGAAACACAUCCUGGACCAAGGAGUGGCAAACACUAGAGCAUCUGAAAUAGUAACAGGCUGGAACAGCCGUUCCUGAAAACAGGAAUGAAGGAGAACAUCAUUAAACAGUAAAUAGGUGACCUGUCAUCUGGACUAAGACACAUUUAUUUACACACAUAGCUCCUAACAUAAGUCUUAAACUUCCAUUUGCUAACGUCUCCUUCUUCUAUCAAUCACAUAUGCAAAAGUAGCACUCCUAGUUUUAUUUAACACAGUGUAAUCUUUAGAGAUACAUUAUUUAUGUAGUUGCACGGAUAUACACAGCAUUCUUUUAAAAGAUGCAGCAAAAAAAGUCUUUGCCCCAGUUGACUCUUUUUUUAAUGAGCACUAAAGGGAAAAUAUAAAGAACUUUUAGACGUGGUUAGAUCUUUAGGACAUGAGAAAUUUUAACAAUUCACAGGAACAGAGAAUGUUGAACUCAAAUCAUUCUGCCUUCAUCUAAACAAAAUGCAUUUGGCUUCCCUGACUCUAAAAGAACAUGGCUGCAAAUAGCCCUAUGCAGUGGUGGAGCCACAAAUGCCAGAGCAGCUCCCAAUAACUCAGAAAAAAAGAAGAAAAAAGAAGUUAGUUUUAAAAAGAGUUUACAGGAGAGGAAAAACUGGUUCCUGUUCCCAUUAAACAGAAAGAGAGAAAAAAAUGCAGCUGAUGUAAUGAAUAAGUAAAUUUCUCAAUACAUUGCCAUCUUAGGUUCUCAGUUUCAUGAAGUAGCUCCAGAAACAGUUCCAGACAAAGCCAAAACUGAUACCUAUACUGUUCUGUUUAUAGAAAUUAUCUAAAUACUUUCUAUUAUAACUUUUCUAACUUAAGCACAGCUAAGAGCUUUCCGGACUUAAAUGUAACUCUGAGGCUGACUGUUACGUUUUUUUUUUUUAUUUGCAUAUAUAUAUAUAUAUGCGCAAUAUAUAAAACUGCAUUUUAAACACAAACUAUGGACAAGACAAAGGUGCCAAUUUGGAAGACUUACUGCAGGAAAAAAAGACUG